AUGGCACCCCUCCGCAUCGCAAUCAUCGGCGCCGGACCGGCUGGACUGACUCUUGCUCGCCUUCUCCAAGUGAAGGGUAUCCCUUGCACCGUUUAUGAUCUCGACGCCAACCCACACAGCCGUGACCAGGGGGGAACCGUCGAUUUGCAUCGCCGGGGUGGACAAAUGGUGAUAGAAGAGGCUGGAUUACUGGAGGAGUUCAAGAAAUUGGCAAGACCGGAAGGAGAGGCGACCAAGUUAGUUAAGUACGACGGGAUGGUGGUUAUUGAUGAGAAUGUGCAGAAAGUGGAAAGGACCGAGGAACAUAAAGAUCGACCGGAAAUUGACCGGUUGCGGUUGAGGCAGUUGUUGCUGGGCUCAUUGACGGAAGGGAAUAUUGUGUGGGGGAAGAAAUUAUUGGGUGUUGAAAAGUCGAAGAAAGUAGAUGGAAAGUUUGAUCUCCGGUUUGAUGGCAGCGUCGAAGAGGCAUUUGACAUCGUUGUUGGCGCCGAUGGCGCAUGGUCGAAAGUUCGGCCAUUCCUGACCGACAAGAAUCCCUUCUACUCUGGCAUUACGGCUAUUGAGCUUUGGGCAAUGGAUGUUGACAUUCAGCAUCAGUGGCUAUCCCAGUAUGUUGGCCAAGGUACCAUGUUCAUGUUCGACGAAGGACGAGCGAUCAUCUGCCAAAGAAACGGCAACAACAGCAUACGCACAUAUGCUGCGGUACGACAGCAAGAAACAUGGCUGAAUGAUUGCGGCAUCGACUGGUCCGCGCCGGAAGCGAAGACACGGCUCAUAGAAGGUUACUUCGCCGACUGCGCAGACGAUCUGAAGCGAGUCAUCCUGGACAGCAAUGACAACCUCAUCCCUCGCCCUAUGUACAUGCUCCCCGUGGAUAUCAAAUGGGAACCAAAAGCUGGUGUCACCCUAAUUGGUGACGCUGCACAUUUGAUGACUCCCUUUGCCGGUGUCGGAGUCAACAUCGCCAUGGUGGAUGCACUGGAUUUAUCUCGAGCAAUCACAUCCUGCGUUGACGACGACAAAGAAAACAUCGGGGCGGCUAUGUCUGCAUUUGAGAAGGAGAUGUUCCGAAGGAGCCAAAUGUUUGCGAACAAGACGUGGAAGAACAUGCAGUCGCAUUUCAGCGCUACUGGCAUUGACGAGCGUGCCGCACUUAUCCAUUGA